AUGGCUACCGACACGACCACGCAAAACAUCCCUCUCACAAACAUGGCAGAUUCCCCGGCAUACAGCAGAAUCAAAGGCGCGGAAGAACACAUUCUCCAACUCCCAGACGGCCGCCAACUAGCAUAUGCACACAAUGGACCAUCCGAUUCGCGCACAAUUGUCAUCUUCUUCAGCGGUGUGAUGAGCGUUGGGACUGCGUACGACGUCCCAGAGCCAUGUCGCAAGCUUGGAGUUCACUGGAUUGCGCCUACGCUGGCCGGCAAUGGUAAUACGAGCAGCCGGGAUACCAGUAUACCAUAUAAUGUAACCCUCGCGCGAGAUAUAUGCGCGCUGCUGUCGCAUUUCUAUCCUACCGGAGAGUACGACCAGAUUUACGUGGCAGGGGGUUCUUACGGCACGGUUCACGCCCAAAUGCUUUACGGCGCUCCGUAUGACUUGUUCCCACCAGGGCGCAAAAUCGCAGGAUGCGUUCUGCUGGCCGGCUUCUCCCCAUUCAAGUACCACAGGGAUCACGCCAAGUCUCUAAGCUGGGCGAACUGGUUCUCCGUAGGUCCUCCAUCGCAGUUGGUUCCGUUCCGUCUCCUCCAACGGGCAUUCAGCUCAGCCAUUGGUUCGAAGAUGAAGACUGAAGACGGUGCGAAGACGUUCCUCCGAAAUACACUCUUUGACAUGAUGGAUGCGGACGAGAAGAAGGUGUGUGCAGAGUGGCUUAAACGUAAAGAGGUGACGGAAGAUGAAUUCAUUACCCGGAUGGCUCGUGGAUGUGUGACCUGCUGCAAGAACUGGGACGGGUUUUUGGAGGUCUCGGAUGUAAUUCAUUCAGACUGGGGAUUUGAGCCGUCGACCUUGGAUGAAGAGCAUUCGAAACCCAUGCUGGUGGUUAGUUCUGACAAGGACCAGAUUGGGGGCGCAACCAAUAGCUGGUUGGUCGCCAAUUACAAGCGCGCUUGGGCAAAGACUAUUCCGGGGGGUCACAUUUCGUCGCUGUACUAUAUGGACGAUAUAUUUGGCGAUAUAAUAACAUCCAUCGCAGCCACACUCAGUGCCGCCGCCAUCGUGAGCAACAACAACCCCCUCCCUGAACAAUUGCUCUUGUAUACACACGCAAUCAAGGAGCUCACCCCGGACGAGACGACGGGUGAAAACUCAGUUACUGCAGGCCUAGCUACGCCCGCUGGUUAUUACCCGGAAAACCUCUCACAUCCUGCCUCCUACUCUAACCAGUAG